AUCAGCGACCCCGACGGGUACACGGCGUUCUCCACGGAGGCGCAGACUCAGGGCAAGUUCGAAUUCAUGUCGCAACGCGAAGGCGACUACCGCUUCUGCUUCACCAACAAGUCGCCGGUGUUUGAGACGGUUGUCGCUGGAGGUGUUUGUGGGCCACCAGGUGCAGCCGCACGAGAUCGCCACCGACGAGCACAUACUGCCCAUAGUGACCAAGCUGUCGGGGCUGCACAACCACAUCGAAAGUGUGUUCCUCGAGGCCAAGUGGUUCCACGCACAGGCCGAGCGCCAGAACCAGCUGGCGCAGGCGACGACGCGGAAGCUGGUGGUGAAGACGGCCGUGCAGUCGCUCGCCCUCAUCACCUGCUCCUUCCUGCAGGUCUACCUGUUGAGGCGCCUCUUUGAGAAGAAGCUUGGAAGGACAAUGGUGUGA